AUAAGAAACCAACAAGUGCACAGAGUCAACGUUUAGUAGAACUUUUAACACAAUCUGUAACCUCUACUGGCAAAACAGACGUAAAGGAUGAUACCAUUGAAGAGGACUCAUUUGAAAAUGGUGGAGCUAACCAAAAAGUUGUCAAUGAUGAAGAGGAAGCUUUUACUUCAAAUGGAGUAAAAUAUAGUGAUAUUGAGAUUGUUAAAGAUUUACAGGAUACUCUACAUGAAAGUAUGCAGAUGCCGACUCAAGAUUCAAAAACAGCGGAUGUCUCAAUUUGGGACUUUGCAGGACAGACAGAAUUUUAUGAUACCCACCAGGUUUUCUUAACCAAAAAAGCUGUAUAUCUACUAGUCACUGACAUAUCGAAACAAGUAAAUGAUAUAGUUGAAGAUGGUAACAAAAAUUGGAAAAUAUCAGAAUUUGUUGACUUUUGGCUGACUUCCAUUUAUGAGUUUUGUGGUACAAAAGACAGUUAUGGUCCACCAGUUAUACUUGUUGGAGCUUUUGCAGACAAAUUAAAACAGGAGUCAAAAGAAGAAACCAUAAGUACUUUUUUCUACAAUUUGCGGCGAUGUCUUAUGGAUCAUGAGGCAACAUUCAAUCUUCUGAAAAAAUGCAUUCCAAUCGACAACUCAAUAAAGGAUGAUAAUAUAGAGGAACUGAAACGAUAUAUUGUGGAAGAAGCUGAACAAGCUUCCAAACAAGCUUCCAAACAAGAGUAUUGGGGUGAACUUUACCCAGCCAAAUUUAUAACAUUAGAAAGAAGUAUUGUCAAAUUGAAGGACAAAGGAGAAAAGAUACUAAAAAAGGACCAACUAUUUGAACUGAACGCCAAAUUACCUGUUCCAAUAAAACAGGAGGAAGGACUGGAUUUGUUUUUACGUUUUCAUCACGACUCCGGAAAUAUUUUGUACUUCAGUGAAGAGGAAUUAAGCCAAACUAUUGUCCUUGAUCCACAGUGGUUGAUAGACGCUUUCAAAAGUCUCAUUACUGCUCGAUACUUCUGCAGCAGCCAUGAUCCAACAAUAUUUAAAGAAUGGAUCAAGUUUGAAGAGAGUGCAAUUUUGAAAGAAACACUUAUUGGUAAGUAAAGUUAAUUAAAUUAUCUUUACAAAAGAAAUUAAUAUGUACUGAAAUAGAUCUAAUUUCUGAUUAGUCAAAACAUUGUUUUAGUGUGAGUUUUGUUAUUACUCUGUCUUGCCUAAUUAUGGAGUUAUUGACGUUUGUUAGCUCACCAGAACUGAAGGUUCAGGGUGAGCUAGACCGCCUCCGUGGUCGAGGGGUUAGAGUCGAUGACUUGUAAUCCAGUUACCUCUCUGGCGUGGGUUCGAUCCCCGGGAGAUGUUUUGGUAGUUUAGCACGGAGGAAGGUAGUCUAGUACUGGUGUAACUCUCCAGAAACGAUGGUUAGGAAACUACCCGCCUAUAUGACUGAAAUACUGUUGGGAAAAGGCGUUAAAUGAAACAAACAAACAAACAAAUCAGGGUGAGCUGAUAGUAUCAAAGGGGUAUGAUCCGGCGUCAUGUGUCAACAAUCAUCUUCUCGUCUGAAACCGCUGGACAGAUUUUCUUCAAAUUUGGUAUGUAGCAUCAUUGUGACAGUGACACCUUAAUUUGCUCAUAUGAUUCCAAUUGUCCCGUUUAGCGCUAAAAAGAGAAAAAACCUUUAGACAUCUGAUUCUACAGAACCAAUUGAUGGAUGAUCACCAAACUUUGUCUGCAGCAUUCUUAGGUAGUCUUUUAUCAAAUUUGCUCAUAUUAAUUUGAUUGGCCCUUUUAGGGGUCUCUAGACCUAAAAAUAGAAAAACCUUUAGACAUCUUCUUGUACAGAACCAAUUGAUGGAUGAUCACCAAACUUUGUCUGUUGCAUUCUUAGGUAGUCUUUUAUCAAAUUUGCUCAUAUUAAUUCAAGGGAGCUAGAAAUAAAGUAAACCUUUAGACAGCUUUUUGUGCCCCCACUUUAGGGGGGGGGGGGCAUGUAGAUUUACCCUUGUCCGUCCGUCUGUUCUCUUGUGUCGCAUGUAACUCAAAAAGUAUUUGAUCUAACUUAUCAUGAAACGUUACAGGAAUGUUGCUCAGCAUGUGUAGUUGUGCACCUGUGUUUGCUUGUGGAUUUAUUCUGUUUUGUUAGAGUUAUUGCCCUUGACUUAGUAAAUAUUUGAAAAUUUCACCUUGUGUCACAUGUAGCUCAAAAAUUAUUUGACUUAGAGUCAUGAACCUUUACAGGAAUGUUGAGCAGCAUGUGUAGUUGUGCACCUGAAUAUGUUGAUAUGUUUAGUAUUUCUAGAGUUAUUGCCCUUGACUUUGCAAAAAUUUACGAUUUUCAACUUGUGUCGCAUGUAACUCAAUAUGUAUUUGAUCUAGUGUCAUGAAACUUUUCAGGAAUGUUGCUCAGCAUGUGAGGUUGUGCACCUGGGGUUUCACUUGUGGAUUUAUUCUUUUUUGUAAGAUGUUUUGCCCUUAACUUAAUGAAAACCGUUCCAUUAUGUUGUGUUAUUUGUUCCUUGAGUUAAAAUCAACCAACUUUACAGGAACAAUGAUCAACAUCACUGUGAAACUAUGCACCUGGGGUUUAGAAUGUGGAUUUUUUCAGUUUUGUUGUGUUAUUGCCCUUGACUUAGUAUAAAUUUGCAAUUUUCAACUUGUUCAUGCAUAACUCAAAACAUAUUUGACCUGUAGGUCUGAAAGUUUACAAGAAUAUUGGUCAGCCAUGUACUCAUGCACCUUGGGGUUUGCUUGUAGAUUUAUUCAGUAUUUGUAAAGUUCUUGCCCUUGACUUAGUAAACGAUUUUUACUUUUCAACUUGUGGCACAUGUAGCCUAAAAAAUAUUUGACUUAGUCAUAAGAUUGACAAAACAGUGGAGUGUGGGGACACCUGUGUCCUAUGGACACAUUUCUAGUUCUAAGAACUUAUUGAUGGAUGAUCACCAAACUUUGUUAUUAGCAUUCUUAGGAAAUCUUUUAUAAAAUUUGCUCAUAUUUAUUUGAUUGGUCCCUUUUAGUGGCUGCUAAAGCUAAAGUACCCCAGACCAUGGCAUUUUUCAAAUUAUGUUAAUGAAAGGGAAACAACUCAUGUUGGAAUGUCUUUCAUACAUGUGAACGACCUGUUUGCUGAUGAAAUUAUUUGAGGACAUGACCUCUAGCAAGAAAAAUGGUAUUUAUGAAAUGAUUUGAGCACAUUUUAAGGACUCAGUGUCCAACUUUAUUGUCAUCCUAUGAAAAUGCUGCAUUUCUUAAACAGUUUGUGUGUUUAUUUUCAUAGAAAAACAAACGUUGAUACUAUAUCAAAAUCUGUUCAUAGAAGCCUUCUUUUUAUCAUAGUGUGUCAUAGAACCGCGUUAAUAAAAAUAGACAGGCAGUGAUGUAAUUAAGUGAAUAUGAAUGAAACCAAAUAAAGCUUGAUACUAAAUAUGUUGGUAUUCAUCCGUUGCUGUUCUACAGAAAUAAGGAACAUUCUCCUCUCACUAUCAUUGCCUUUCUGUAUAACAGCAUGAAAGAAUACUAACAUAUACAUAAUGAUUAACAACACCUUAUCACUAAUGAUGAUUUUAAUUGUAAAUGUUUUCAGAAAUAGGUAAUACUUAAUUGAAAAGACAGUAUACAGCUAUGUAAUACAGUAAAUGCUUAAUGUUUUGUGAAUUAAGAAAACUUACACUAUGUGCUUUGUUUCUGAACAGAAAACAUAUCUGCACAUUGUUUGUCAUUUAAAUAAGACCCUGACCCUAAAACUCACUAUGGUAAAAUAUAUUUGUUGUACUAUAAUUUAGUGUUGUGUAUGCAAUCUUGUUAGCAAGCAAAUAAUUUUGUGGUGUGUAUGCAAUCUUGUUUGCUAGGUAACAAUAAAAUCAAAUCAUCAAAUAACAUUUAGCUCUAGAAUUCGGACACCUAUUGAUUGCAUCAUUCUAUUCAUCCCUCUGCAGGUUCAUUUGUAGGUCAGUGA